CACGUUGCUUCGCAGUUUCUUGCUCGCUUCAGCUAGUCUGCCCGCAGCAGCAGCAGCUAGGCUAGGCCACUGCGGGAAAGAUGGCGACGACGGAUAAACAGAAACAUGAAGGAAGAGUGAAAAUCGGACAUUAUAUUCUUGGAGACACACUUGGAGUGGGGACGUUCGGGAAAGUUAAAGUGGGGCAGCAUGAGCUGACCAAACACCAGGUGGCUGUGAAAAUCCUUAACAGACAGAAGAUCCGCAGUCUGGAUGUGGUGGGGAAGAUCCGUAGAGAGAUCCAAAACCUCAAGCUCUUCAGGCAUCCCCACAUAAUUAAGCUGUACCAGGUGAUCAGCACCCCAACAGACAUCUUCAUGGUGAUGGAGUACGUGUCCGGAGGAGAGCUCUUCGACUACAUCUGCAAAAACGGAAAGCUGGAUGAGAAGGAGAGCCGUCGUCUGUUCCAGCAGAUCAUCUCAGCAGUAGACUACUGCCACAGACACAUGGUGGUGCACAGAGACCUAAAACCUGAGAACGUCCUGCUGGACGCACAGAUGAACGCCAAGAUCGCUGACUUCGGUUUGUCAAACAUGAUGUCGGACGGAGAGUUUCUGAGGACGAGCUGCGGUUCUCCGAACUACGCUGCUCCUGAAGUCAUCUCUGGAAGGUUGUAUGCAGGUCCUGAGGUGGACAUCUGGAGCAGCGGGGUAAUCCUGUAUGCCCUGCUGUGUGGGACACUACCCUUCGAUGACGACCACGUGCCAACGCUCUUCAAGAAGAUCUGUGACGGGAUCUUCUUCACACCCCAAUACUUGAACCCGUCUGUCACCGCCCUGCUCAAACACAUGCUGCAGGUGGAUCCCAUGAAGAGAGCCACCAUCAAAGAGAUCCGAGAGGAUGAAUGGUUCAAAGAGGAGCUCCCCAAGUACCUGUUCCCAGAGGACCCGUCUUACAGCAACAACAUGAUCGACGACGAGGCCCUGAAGGAGGUGUGUGAGAAGUUUGAGUGCACCGAGGAGGAGAUCCUGACCUGUCUGUACAGCCGCAACCACCACGACCCCCUGGCUGUGGCCUACCACCUCAUCAUCGACAACCGCCGCAUUAUGUCCGAGGCCAAGGACUUCUACCUGGCCUCCAGUCCCCCAGACUCAUUCCUGGACGACCAGCACCUGACCGCCUCUGCUGCGGCCGCCGCCGGCCUUAAGCCCCACCCCGAGCGCAUGCAGCCCUUCCUGGCGGGGGAGACCCCUCCCCGGCCGAGACACACGCUGGACGAGCUGAACCCCCAGAAGUUGAAACACCAGGGGGUGAGGCGGGCCAAGUGGCACCUGGGGAUCAGGAGCCAGAGCAGGCCAAAUGAUAUUAUGUCUGAGGUGUGCCGGGCCAUGAAGCAGCUCGACUACGAGUGGAAGGUGGUGAACCCGUACUACCUGCGCGUGAAGAGGAAGAACCCAGUGACAGGCAUGCAGACCAAGAUGAGCCUUCAGCUCUACCAGGUGGACAGCAGGACCUACCUCCUGGACUUCCGUAGCAUAGACAAUGACAUGUUGGAGGCUAAAUCUGGGACUGCCACUCCUCACCGGUCUGGUUCAGUGGGGAACCACCGCACGUCCCUUAAGAACGACGCUACUGCAGAGGGGGGGUCCCAAACCGAGGGGGCUAAGGAGAACGCUACCCCUGCCACCUCCAUCCCUCCCACUAAGGCCUCAGAGAGCUCCCUGGCCUCCUCGCUCACCUCCUCCGUUGACUCGACAGGAGGCGACCUCGCACCUACGCCGGCGGUUCCGCGGCCCGGCAGCCACACCAUAGAGUUCUUUGAGAUGUGCGCCAAUCUCAUCAAACUACUUGCACGAUAGCUCGCAAUCAAAUAAACAAAACGUUAGCCUUUUUUUCUUCUCUGGGUGUCUUUAUAAGCAAUAAGCAUGCAACCGAUUCAUGGCUCGAUUCAUCCCCACCGUGGGCGGGUGAGAUGGCUAGGGUUGUUCCAAGGCACUGAUGAUACAGGUUCAGCUCGCAACCCUCCUGAUUGACUUGGGGGUGGGGGUUGUCAGAGCACAGGGGUGGGGUUUAGGAAAAGGUGAACGACAAUGACCAAGCAACUUUAUUAUAAUCAUGAUGACAGAAUACUAUUUUAGAGACUAUUUUACAUUUUCACGAUCAUUAUUGGCCGACAACGAUUUCUUCCCCCUAUUUGAUCACGUUCCAAACAUAGCAUAUGUAUGUGUGUGUGCGCUAAGUCUGAGUGAUACACAGCAUUUGCUGUACUGUACUCAGUGGGCUUUGCUGUGCUUAUUUUUUCAGUAGAGAAAACGAAAGCAAGUUUCUGCGUGCAGAAAGAACUGUAAGGUUUUUGGGGGGGGGGCGGCACUUUUGCACAGUAUUCUGCUGUUCUGUCUGUUUCUCUACAGUAGAUGUCUGAGAACCUGUGCAUAUUCCGAACCUUUUGAGGACAAUGCACUACAGGCCUUUCAGGGGUAGCAGCACUGACCAUAACAAGGGUUGUCAUGCCAACGAUGCCCGUUUGACUCACUGAGGAAGUGCAAUGAUCCUGUAUCUUUCUCUCGAUCGCGUCAGGCGGAAAAGGGAGUUAGUACUUCAUCUGAAUUUUUCUUUAGUUUUUUUGUGAAAUUGAGUUUUAAAAGAUUAAUGUUUUAUGUCAUUGUAAAAAUAUAAAUGUUUGUUUGGAUUAGUCUGUCCCCUACAUAUAAAGAAUAAUAAUAAUUUUUAAAAAAAAUGAAUUUGGAUACAUUUAUCAGUGCUUUAAAUGUGAAUUGUAGAUUUAUAUUGAGAAAUAUUAUGGAGUGAAAGAUUCGUUUUUUGCAUUACGAUGACUUUUAUUCCUUUAUUGCUUUAAAAAAAAAGAUCAAUAUCAUAGUUAAUUUUUUUGCAGUUAUUCUAUACACAUGAUUGUUUCCCUCACUCACAGUCUCCAAUAGUUUUUUGCCAUGCUAGUCAAAAUGAGACGGUCCUAUACUGAAUUAAAAUGUAUCUUGGAGGUUAGGGGCAACAUGCGUUCAUAAAUCUGAAUGUAUGUUGACUGAGUGACAUUCAUUUUAGCAGGAUUUGACCAAUCAUUUUGUACAAAUGCAUGUCCAUCAGUUACACGUUGAAAGAUUGGGCCCAUUUGAAAGUGGUGAUUUGCAGCGAGUACAUGCAGUGUAUGGACAAUGGUUAUUGAUAAAGGAAACAGAAAUCAAUAAUAUUUUUCUGGUAUCAGAAUUCUAUUUCACUUUUCUUGGCCCACAUUCCCCACAAGCUAAAUUUGUAUUUUAGUUUACAUAAUAUUUGCCCAAACCUAAAAUUUGUCAUGUGCACCUGGAGAAAGUUCUGUCAUUCUGUUAGCUGCCUUAUCAGUACUGUUGAUCAGUUUUAUAUCAGUGAAUAUAAAAUAGAUAUCUACUUCUAUCCUCAAUAUUGCGUGGGGCUGGUUUUGGUCUGAAGAAAUCUUGCGAAUGGAUUACGUGACUGCAAGGUCUCGUUUUUAGACCAAAUGGUCAUUGAAAUAUUUGUAGGACUACAAACAAACUUUUUUAGUUUUCAAGGACGUGAAAGUUCUGAUUCCAAAUAGUGCAUAAGGUGAAUUGUGGGGUUGUUUGAAAAAGUAUGUGAGACCAUGAUCUUCUAAUGGCUUAUGAUGUGAGUUGCACAUUUGGUGAGUAGUUUCUCUUUUUAAGUGGGAGUGUUAAGUUCCGACUAUUUGCAGGAGAAAUAUCUAUCAUUGUAUCUGUCUUAACUGCUUUAAAGAAACCUUGUUUUAUUUGUAUUUCUGUGAAGGGACCCUACUACGAGAAUGACCAAUGUCAAUUUCAAAUGGACAGUGUUUAAAUCAAUUGUAUAAACAACUGCCUAAUAAACAGAUCAAUUGCACAAGUU